AGAGAUUUCUCCCUGUACGAAAAAUGAAGAUGGCCAACUAAUCUAACAAUGGGUGAAGAUCGACGUUGGAGUCAGGUCAAUAGUAGUGGUUCGUCGCCGUCACCACGGUCUGGUGCGGCCUCGGUGAUCGUCGAUGCUCACAUGUACAUCUUUGGCGGUUACGGCGGUGGGGGGCGCCUUGACGACUUUCAUUGUUUCGAUCUUGACAAUACGAGGUGGAGCUGCGUAGAACCAUCGAGCGGACUCACACCAGGAAUGCGAGAAAAUAAUGGCCUUAUUGAAUUCCGAGGAAAAUUGUACUUAUUUGGUGGCUACAAUGGCCAGCAAUGGCUCAACGAUCUUUUCAGCUUUGAUUUGUUUACAAAGGAAUGGCAUAAUGUUGAUCAGUCCGGUCAACCACCGGCCUCGCGCUUUGGGUAUGUUUCAGUAGUACAUAACAACUUCUUUGUGGUGUUUGGGGGUUACGAUGGUUCGACUUGGCUAAAUGACAUGCACCAAUAUGAUUUUGAGACUUGGACCUGGUGUGCUGUCCAAGCCACUGGCCAGAUUCCGUCGAUUAGAUCUUGUCCCUCUUGGUGCAAAGAGGGUGACUCUGUGUUUGUUUUUGGAGGCUAUGAUGGUGUUCAGCGCAUGAACGACCUUUUUGAGUGCAACCUUGAGACACACACGUGGCGCCAACUAACCUGCGGCGGUGCUGUUCCGAGCCCGCGCUACUUCCAUGCCUGUGCGAUCUACGGUGGGCGCAUGGUGACGUUUGGUGGUUACAAUGGCGCAGAGCGCCUCAACGACAUGCACGAAUACUCAUUUGCGACGUCACUCUGGACAAAGCUAGAUGUAUCCGAGGGUUCCAUCCGGCCGUUCUUCUCUCAUUUCUCAAGUUUACGGGAACUCACUUUUUAUCUUCGGCGGUGCGACACCACAGGAUAUAAUGGUGCGAAUGUCCUCAACGAUUUCUACGAAUUCCGGUACACCUUGCCGCCCGCUCUGAGCACUUUUGCGCAAUGUUGUACGGUGGAAUGCGUGAAAACAUAUCACCGCGAUGGCGCUUUGUCCAUCGCGAUUCCACUUAUGGUCGUUUCUGAGCAAUAUCUUCUCGGUCGGUUGAAAAGCCUAUGCCAGGAUCAGAUUCGGAAGUCUAUUUCAGUCGAAAAUGUGGUUUCUAUUUUCCUUGCGGCAAAACGCCAUUCAGCUGAAAUCCUUAAGGAUAUCUGUCUCGCUUAUAUCCUGGAGCAUUUGGAGGCUGUAAAGCUCGAGCGUGGAUUCCAAGAGCUGAAACAGGAGCCGGAUCUUCUCAUGGAGAUUAUCCUUUCUCAGUCCUCCGUCGACCGCGCGCGCGCAGGUCGACCACCGGACGGAAAUCGUGGCAAAAUUAAUAGCGCGCUAGUCGUAUCGAUUGAGGGAUUUCAAGGGUGUGGGGUCGCCGGUUCGGGUCGGAAGUCGUAUUUAAAUGUUCAACAAAACGCUUACUUGAAGGGAAGUAUCACCCCAGAUUUUGUUGACUACGGUAGCAGGAUAAGCACAGUGGGUGAGAGGGGAAGCUCAGUGUGCUACCUUACGGUAGCUCAGUCAUAA